AUGCCAUCGACCACAAUUAACCUACGAUCCUCCGAGGCCAUUACAAAGUUUCUUAGGUCAAAGAAUGAGGAUGUCCAGCAUAUUUUAAACCUCGCACGUGAGGUUUUGGAUCACAAAUUGGAUGCCUAUCUUCCAAACGCUGGAGAAUUUAUAUUGAGUUUACUCGUUGAUCGUUUGAAUGAUAGAUCGAACUCGUCAAGCUUUGGGAAGUGGAAAUACAACAAUGAUGUUUGGAAUUUAUUGGAAAAAGUUUUACUGACCAAAAGUCCUUCUCAGACCGACGCUAACCUUCUACAAAAUUUGAAAAUCAUCGACUUGACGAUACUACUAUUGGAUAGUGACGAUGUGCAAAGUUGGAACUGCUUACCCGUGGUGUGUCGCGUAUUGCUUAUCUUUAUGCAACAGCUGUUUCUUGAAAUUGACGAGUCGACAGGAGUACGAUUGCUUAAAGCCACACUCAAUUUCACUGAAAAGGAUUUAUAUCAAACUAUAUCCAUUUCAUUGGACCCCAUUGUGAUAAACUUAUACUGGAAUUCAAGCUCUCAGGGAGCCUUCGAGGUAUCAAAGAGGACAUAUUCCCAAUUCUUUGAGGAGCUCUUUUACCCAUUGACCAGAUACUUAUCCCUGGGAACCCACACGCCCACAAAACAUUUGUAUGAAGAAGUCUUCACAAAGAGAAUAUUCAAUCCUGACAAUAUAUCGUAUAUGCUGCAAAAUUUUGGAAAGUUCCUCACAAAGCACAACAUGGAUAAUGCUGUCUUGGUAUUCUUUUUUCAAAAAGCAGUUCAGAAAUUAGCAUCACUGAACAUGAACCUUUGUACUGAGUUGUUUGAUGUUAUUGUGGAGACAUCCCCAGAGUUGUCUGAAUCCCUAAUAUCGAUUAUGGCUGAUUCGCAGCAUGCAAUACCACAAGACUUCAUCACUUCAGUCUACGCAAAGGAAGUUGCGAGCAAGAAGUUUAUAAACUUGAACUGGGAUAUGGUGAAGUAUAUUUUUGAAUUGGAUUCUGAGUUGGCUGCAUCUAAAUCAAAGUUUGUUUUCGAGAAAUACAACUCCGCCUUCAACUUGAAUGAGAAGGUCUUGCCUGUUGGGAAAGUUGUUGUUUCCGCUUAUGCAAAAAAUCGAGAAUUGGUUGAUUUUUUAUUGAAAGUUUGGCCAAAAGCAAUUGCGAAAGACGAAUUGUGGGAUGGAGAAGAGUUUAUUUUACACGUAGCCAGCUGUGUGAACUAUUUGUCUGAGAAGCAACUUGUCCACGUUAUUGAGGCAUCACCAAAGCUACUGACCGAGGCAUGCGCGGCAUUAUUGUCCGCAUUAACGAAAGGAAUGAUAUCAGCUCCACCCAGUUUAGUUGACUCAUUAGAGUCUCGUUUCUUGCAGUUAAAAGAUGUGAUCAAUACAACCGACAACUUUUGGGAAAUCCGCUACAAUCUUCUCAUUUUGUAUGGCACAAACUUUGACAUUCCCGAGAGUUUGCUAAAGUUGGACUAUGAUAUGUACUAUCACUAUACUAUCUUUAGACUAUUAGAAUUGAAUGUGCUUAGUGCCUACUCCGAGAAGCAACAAGCCCAGUUCAUUUUAUUUUUACGAGAUAAUGAAAAUAUCACUCCGCUGGUGUUGCGUCGUUGGUUUAUUGUAGUCAACGACUACUUUACAUUUGACAACAUGACGGGGUUGUUGAAAAUCGGGCUCAAGAUGAACGUUCUUUGUGGCAUCGACGAUGAAUUUUACGAACAGAAGAAUAUAAUGAAUUGUUGUGUCAGGCUAUUUAUAACGGACCCAAUAUCCUACUCAGAUCAGAUCGAUACAGUACCUUUGUCAUGCUACGCUAGAGGACCCAAAAGGGACUUGUUAGAUACAUUGGCCAAUGCGUACUUGAGUUCAAAGGAUACAAGGGCCUUGAAGUGUAUCGAUUAUUUGCUUGAGUCUGCGUCGUAUCAAUCCAUCAUAGAACGUGAUUUCUCAGUACUACUUCAAUUGUGGGAUAUUUCCAGCCAUGAAGAAGCUCGAAAAUAUAUGGACAGUAUUUCCAAAAAAGUGUGGAAGAGUAAUAUUGAUAUGAUUAGAUCCGAGGAUAAUCGAAAGUAUGUCGAUAACGCAAUUGAGAGUCUUUUACUGGGUGUCAAUAAUGACAGCGAUGCAGGAGUUUCCUCUUAUAUGGAAAUCACCUUGUCCGUUGUAACACUUCCAUGGAAAACACUAGCAAAAGAAUAUCUAUCCAAGUUCGAGAAAUUGGUGCUUGCUUUCAAAAAUAGUUGCACACGACAUUUGAAAAAGAGGAGAGGUUUGAUUAAAAAUUCAACUUUGGUCUGGAUACUACAGGGACUCGCUGGAAUACCCCGCUCUAUGAUAAACUUUGACGAUGUAUCGGUCAUUAUCAAGCAAAUUGGAAACCAAGUAGAUGAGGAUGCCAUCAAGCAACUGUUAUUCAGGUUAAUUUGCAAAACAGCAGAACCGGAUUUACGUUCCGCAAAAUUUGUUUUGAGCUUGUAUUCUAUUCUCAACAAUGAUGUGGCUGUACCGCAUUUACAUCAAGAUGUGGUUGAGUAUUUGAAAACACUUGCUGACAGUGAUUUGGAAGUGUAUCAACAAGUUUGUUCUUUUGUGAUAAUGUCGGCGGAGAUAGUUGAGAAAGAAUUUGUCGAUUCUACAUACUUGGUUGUCUCCGCAUUGUUGAGCACUAUUCCAAGGGAAUGUGACGAAGCUUUACUUACUGGGCUAUUCUCUUGCUAUUUGAAAGUUCCACUGCAUUCCAUUCUGCUCAAAGUAAUGAGUAAUGUAGUGGUAAACCUCAAGUGGUUACUAACACAUAAACUGUGGAUGUUUACCCAAUAUGUUCUCGAAAUGGCAAUUGGCAUUGUUGCAGAAAUGUUAGUGACACUGUCCAACAAAGUUCAAAUUGACGUUGAGGAACUUUUCUUGCAGUCGUCGCAAACAGUCUCGCAAAUGUUGUUGCAUCACAGAUUCAAGUUGUCGACGCGUCACCAUUUGGUAGUAAAUUUGAUGUGCACUUUCUUGGAACGAUUAAUUGAACCAGCACUUUUAGGACAUAGCGUUGCUGCGGCGAGCGCAUUUACUAGGCUAUUGAGCAACUUGUGUGAACCUCAAGAGCAUGUCAAAGACGCAUCAACUAGUUCCUGGCUGGACCUGCUGAAUCCCAGACUAACCACUCAGUCAAAUAUACACAAGAAACUGCUUCGGUCUCACAUGCCGUACUUCAUGAUCAAUUACAUUCAUCUUAGCUUGAAGUUUACAUUCCAAAAGCAAGUCAAUGACAUAUUAGUUGUGGGUAUUUAUACCGUGUUUGACAUCUUAUCCAAAAGUGAAUUGCUGAUAGUCAACUCAGCUUUGGAUUAUGCUGGCAAAGCACUAUACAAAAGCUUGUAUCGCGAUUAUCAAGAGUAUUGGAAGUGGAAGGACCAGUAA